AUGCUGAAACUCAUCAAGUUGCUGCGUGACGGUUCUGUGGAAACGUGGGAAGAACACUCCAAGCCCACUCUCCUCAUCCUCCUCGAAUCCCUAUCCGAUAACUCGGGUGACACCCGGGCCCUGGCCCUUCGCGUGCUGCAGGAACUGAUACGGACACAGGGCGAACUCAUUCGCGAAUACGCCUGUCUUACCGUUAUGAAGAUUCUGGAGGCCUGCAAAGACUCCGACAAAGCAGUUGUAAGGUCCGCUGAGGAAUGUGCCCAAACCGUUGCCCGAUACCUUCCUGAGGAAUUGUGCCUGCGCCUUCUGACCACGGUCAUCUUAGACACAAGAACCGAAUUGAAUCUCCCGGCUGUGAAAAUGCAAACACAGGUCAUCAAGGUCUCUAGUCCAGAGGCCGUUGCAGAGGUCCUGCCCGACCUUAUCCCCGGCCUGAUUUCCGCUUGUAGUCAUGAGGACAGUGCAGUGAGGAAAGCGAGCAUCUUCUGCUUAGUCCAGCUGGCUCUCAAGUUUGGUGACAAUAUUUGGCCACAUUUGGAGGAUUUGGCUGCCAGCAAGAAGCGUCUUCUUAAAGUGUACAUCGAUAAAGAACUUCAAGGCAACAUCUCGAGUGAAUCGUUGCGGAUCGGUUGA